AGCUCGAGUCAGCUCCAGCUCGCGCUCAACGCCUCGACGGGACUCGAGCUCCGAGUCUUCGCUCUUCCGACGCGACUCUCGGCCGACGAGGAGUGCGAAGAACGGCCCGCAAGACAGCGCUGUCUUCGCCGCUGUCUUUCGCGCGCUUUACGCGACUUUUGCGGCGAAUGUUUUCCCGAAGGAAUCCAUUUAUGGGACGAAGAUUUCGCCGAAAACGCCGUCUUUUGUCCCAAAAGUCGAUGUCUUCUCAACUCUUCGCUCCAAAAGUGUCGUCAAAACUGUCCAAAGAACUGCGAAACAGACGUUCUCUUUGUCUCUUCUCUGGACUCCAGUUCCCCUCUCAACGGCUCGCGACUCCGCAUCCGGCGCCAGACCCUCGCCCUGCCCUCUCCUCCCGUUCCCCUCUCGCGCUCUUCGGCCGAAUUGACGGCUCUUUUGGGCGGACUUUCGGUGUUUUGGUCUUUGGUUUUGGUUUCGAGUAUUUCUUUGCUUUCAUUCGCGCGAAAACUCUUCAAAUUGUUUCCCAAAUAAACG